AUGGGCAGUGUCGACCUCCGUGGCCAACUGCCUUUCCCAACUGGACCGACCAUCUCACUUGAUCCACCACCGGGCACAACCUUCGCGGAAUCCCUAAAAGCAUGGACGGACAACCAUGUUGCCCGCUGGUUAUCCGAUAUGAAAUGCGGAAUGCAUGCAGAAGUAUUUCGUAUCAACGACAUUCGCGGCGAUGUUCUCCUCGAAUUGGAUCAAGAUACACUCAAGGAAAUGAAUAUCGUGAGCAUUGGCGAUCGCAUUCGCAUUUUGAACGCCGUCAAGCUCCUUCGCCAACGUGCAGCAGCGAGAACACCCUCUCCUAUCCACGUUACCCGCCCCACGGCCUCCCAUACCCGCACUGGCUCAGAGAACCUCAGCCUGGAACAAGGUGUCGCCUCUGGUCGCGGUCACUCGCGGAAAGAAUCGACUCGACCACCUCCUAUUACCAUCCACCCCAAUGCGAACAAGGGGGAUCUACCUGAUCUUAUUCGAGAGCCUCCACCAGACUCGGCAUCUGGGCGGUCGAUGAUGGCUCCACCACCUGUGCGACCUCUGCCAGUCCCUCAGAAUGCAACCCCAACAGCAUCUCAGGUCUCCACUCCAGAACCAGGGAUUACUCACGCCCUCAAACGGAUCUACAUGGGAUUCACGCUCCAAACCCUCCAGAUCAACGUCUCCGUUGCCGCCGCCUCGGGCCCAGCCAGGAGACUGGGCGGACACCCUUACGCAAUGCCUAGUGUACAGGCUACACUGCAUCCACCGACAGGUCUACAGAACCCCAACCUUUCACCUAUAGAUGAACAUUUCGCGGCAGCAGGCCAGAACAGUUCAUCAACCAGCACACCAUCACCGCCGUCUCAACCCUACAGAUCCUACACACCCGCAAAUGCCUACAACACUCCAAGCCUAGAUGACAUCCGGAAGAAGAUUGUCAAGUUCGUUAUUCCCGAGGAAGGAACAUCAUACAUGAUUGAUGUCACCAACUGCUCCAGCGGUCAAGAGGUCAUCGAGAAAGUACUGAAGAAGAUUGGAAAGGGAGGCUUUAGGGGGAUUGAUAACGACGGCCAUGGUGACCGGGAUGAUGGUAGUCUGAACGUCGAUGGCUGGGCCGUAUACCUUGCAUCCGGGGAAGAGUCACCUUCGGAACCGCUGACCGAAACCCAACUUCUAAAUAUCUGCAACGCUCCAGACCACCCUGCACGAGAACGGGGACUUGCUGUGCGCAGGCUACGCCGACAAGAGGACAGAAGCGGAAGCCCGCUUGCAAGGAAUCUCCAACCACCGACACAACCAACCAGCAAAGCAACUAAGCGCGCUAGCUCUAUCAGUAUUCUCAGUGGCCUCGGAGUUCGCAAUCCAGACAAAGUCCUCGGCGACCCACCCUCACCCAGCAACGAAGCUCCAAGUCCUCCCCCUCCUCCCCUCUGGCAAAGCGGUGCCGGCAAUGCCAAGCGACCGUCAAAGCUGCGCAACUUCUUUGGUCAACGACCCCCCAGCGAGCUCAUCACCGACCAUCUUCCCGAAUUCUUUCCUAUGGCGGAAAAGAAAGUGCUGCGUACAGCUCGACACAGUAUUCUAUUGCGUUCUGGAACUCUGAAACGGCAGAGUGCCUUGUCAGGCGGUUCGAUUCAACUUCCACCACCGCCACCGUUACCCUCAAGGUUUAGCACCAGCACACAAGGCUCGGGUUGCAGACGCUCGAUGUCCCCAGGCAGGGCGUCUAUUACCUCACUGCCACCCCCUCCGCUUCCAGAAAAAGAUGAAGGGGAACCAAUACCUCGAAUGUCACUCUCCACCGACGAUGGACAUUCUAUCGACCUUCAUUCCGACGACGACGACGACGACAUUCCUCUUUCCGCUUCCGUAGCCCCUCGGCUUCUGCCUCCCAUCGAAACUGGUUCGUUCUCUCAAUCCAUGGAGGAAAUCACAGGAAGUAGGCCCGCUUCGAGAGCCACGUCCAUAGGCUCCAAGCGACUUAGCUUCAUGUCUGAACUCCGAAGCAAACGAGAUCGAUCUGACACUGCAAGUAUGAUGACCGUGGAUGAGAUCACAGCGGAGGUGGAGAGUAGGAGGGUGAGCAAGAUGCCAGAUAUGUCAAACGCGAAUGAUCUGGAGGGGUGGACGAAGGUAGAGAAUGCGGCUAGCUUUGAUACCGCUCCUACGGUCCCUGCUGAUGAGGUCGAGGUUGAUGAUGAUGAGGCUACCUUGGCCACAGAAGACGAUGAGGAUGAGGACGAGGAUGAUUCCGACGAUGACUUUGGUAUUGCAAUCCCAACACGGACGAACAACAAAUGGAUCAAGGGUGCAUUGAUUGGCGCUGGGUCAUUUGGAAAAGUCUAUUUGGGGAUGGAUGCGUCCAAUGGUCUCCUCAUGGCUGUCAAGCAAGUCGAACUUCCCCAGGGCGACGGUCCUAGCCAGGAACGCAAGAAGAGCAUGCUAAGCGCCCUCGAAAGAGAGAUUGAACUCUUGAAGGUCCUUCAACACGAAAACAUUGUCCAAUAUCUCUACUCUUCUAGUGACGAUGAGUACCUCAAUAUUUUCCUGGAAUACGUCCCCGGUGGAUCGGUCGCCACUCUCCUCUCGAAUUACGGCGCUUUCGAAGAACCUUUGGUUCGGAACUUUGUUCGGCAAAUCCUUCAGGGUCUCAGCUACCUUCACGAACGUGAUAUCAUUCAUCGAGACAUCAAGGGUGCUAACAUUCUGGUUGAUAACAAAGGAGGAGUCAAGAUUUCCGACUUUGGUAUCUCCAAGAAGGUCGACGAUAAUCUACUGGGUGGAAAUCGGCUACACAGACCGUCAUUGCAAGGAUCGGUCUUCUGGAUGGCGCCUGAAGUCGUCAAGCAAACCGGGCACACGAAGAAGGCUGACAUUUGGAGUGUCGGAUGCCUUGUUGUCGAGAUGUUGACCGGUGAACAUCCUUGGGCGCAACUGACUCAGAUGCAAGCCAUAUUCAAGAUCGGCUCUUCCGCAAGACCGACUAUUCCUUCUGAUAUCUCUGCUGAGGCACAAGAUUUCCUUCAGAAGACAUUUGAAAUCAACCACGAGCUUCGACCUCAUGCUGCCGAACUUCUUCAGCACCCCUGGCUGUCCAAGAAGGGUAAAAAAGCAGCAGCGGCAGCAGCUGCCGCCGCCGCCGCCGCCAGCGCCAGCGCAGCCUCCUCCACUAAUGAUUCGCCUUCAUCGUGA